AUAUAAAAAAAAAAGUUAAAAAUUAAACCAAUUAAAAAAGGAAUUUUCAUUUUUUUUUUUGCAAGAAAAAAAAAUCCAGUUUUUUAAAUUUAUUUAAAACAAUAAAAAAAAAAGAGUUAAAAUUGAAAAUUUUAGAUUUUGAAAUUUUAUAUUUGAAAUAAAAAAAUAAAUGAGUGCCUUUAUUUUAAGUUAUUGAUGAUUAAAUUUUAGAGAAAGAUUGCAAUAAUUGAAAAAGAAGUUUGUAAAAAAGCUAAAAAAAAAAAAAAAAACUAUUUUUCUCCUUUUAUUUUUUUUUUUUUGUUGUGAUAUUUCUAGAAUGAAAAGUUUUUGCAAAAGAGCAAUAAUAUUGAAUUAAAUUAAAUGUCCAUAAUAAACAGUUUGAAAUGUUUGUGAUAAUGACUAACUUUUGGAUUUAAUAUUUUUGAAAAUAUACAAAAUUAAAAUUUCUCAAAUCUUAAUUUUAAAAAGUAUUGCACAAGUAUUCAAGAUGACUAUUAAACAUUGUAAAAUUCUUUAAUAUUUUCUUUUUGUUGAAAGUGGGGUAGUGAAAUUUUCUUUGAAUAUUGUAUACCUACAUAUACAUAUACUCUCAAUAUAAAUUGUGUUCUAGUGUGUCCACUUAGUAAUAAAUAAGUUUAAUUUACUUAUUUCAUUUUUUUUUUAACGGGUGGCACCUGCCUAAAUGGCAAGUUCUUUAAACAAAACUAGGCAUAGACAGAGAUUGGCUGCAAUCUCUUUUCUUUCGAAUAUUUCAUUAGAUGGCUCUCAUAGGGAUACAAAACUUGGGGCAACAAUCGGUAUUGGUUGCCAUGUUACAGCAAUCCAUAAUAAUGUCGGUAACGGUGGAUGCUUUGAUGCUUCAUCAGAAUUAUUGGUCGAUGGUGAUGAUGGUGAUGGUAAUUUUAGUGAAGCUGAAAAUAUGGGUAAGCACUUGAUGAUUGCUGAUAGAAAAAAGGUCAUUAAAAGACCCAUAGGAAAAAAUUCAACUGAUAGAUUAUCAGAAAGUUCAGAUUCUGAUAGUGCUAAAAUACCAUUAAAGAUGUCAUCGAAUACUCCGCUGAGAGAUCGAACUUCAAGUAAUGCCAGUGAUGCUAUUUGUAUACCAGAAAGGCGUGCUCGUUUAAAUACAGUACCAACACGUUUAAAUGUUAUUAAUAAUCAAUUACCAGUUGUAUCAGCUGCAUCAACAUUAAGUAAUGUUAAUACAAUAAAACGUUCAACAUUAAUGGGCACACAAGGUUAUAAUCAUGUAACUGAUGAUAGUAGUACAGAAAGUUUAACACCAGGUCGUACCACAUUUGGUAUGAAUUGUAAGAAUGUUCAAAUCACUGCAUUAGAUGCAAAAGAUAUUAAAUUAUUGAGUGCAACAACGCACAAAAAUCAUCAAUAUAAAGAUGAAAGAAUUGUAUUGGUAUCAAGAAAGGUACCAUUUUUUAUAUUUUCCAGUAUACCAUAUUGUAAGGGUAGAAAUGGAAGAGCUGAAUUAAGAAAAGAAGGAAGACGUCGUAAUACAUCUGGACCGAGACCUUUAUCAGCAAAUGAUGCACCAUUUGAUCCAUUUAGUUUAUUAGGAAUUGAUAGAAUUGAAGGUGUACAGGAAAUAUCAUAUGGUCAUUUAUUGGUACCAUCAAGACCAUAUGCAAAAGAUAAAAAACAUGGUAAUACAUGUAGUGUUAUACCAGAAAAUAAUUUUGAAAUAACUGGAACUGCUGUUUUAAAAAAUCAUGGAAUUGCAAGGACAAAAGUUAUAACCGGCCAAACAGGCAAAAAGUGGUGUUAUGCAUAUGAUAAUCAUACAUCAAUUGGACGUAAUAGUGCAGCAAGUCCACAACCAGAUCUUAAAUUAUUAGAUGAUGAAAAUAAUGAAAAUCGACCAUUUCAAUUUCAACAGUAUUCAGCUAAUUUAUUAGAUGAUCCAGAAUUAAUAGCUGGUAAACAUAGAACAUUAUUAACAUUUACAUCAUAUAUGACAUCGGUGAUCGAUUAUGUUAGACCAUCCGAUUUAAAAAAAGAAUUAAAUGAUAAAUUUAAAGAAAAAUUUCCACAUAUACAAUUAACAUUGAGUAAAUUGCGAAGUAUUAAACGUGAAAUGCGUCGCAUUAAUAAAAUGGAUCCACGUAUUGAUUUAGUAACAAUAUCACAGGCUUAUGUUUAUUUUGAAAAAUUAAUUUUAUCAAAUAUGAUUAAUAAAAGUAAUAGGAAACUUUGUGCUGGAGCUUGUCUUCUUUUAAGUGCUAAAAUGAAUGAUGUUAAAGGUGAACUAUUAAAAAGUUUAAUUGAGAAAACUGAAAGUGUAUUUCGUUUAAAUCGUAAAGAAUUGAUUUCAUCUGAAUUUGCUGUACUCGUUGCUUUAGAAUUUAGUUUACAUGUUCCUAUACAUGAGAUUUAUCCACAUUAUCAACGAUUACUUUAUGAAUCUUAAAAAAACAAAGAACUAAAAAAAUAAAAGAAACUUAGAGCUCUAGAUUGAAUAAAUCAAUACUUAAAAUGAAAAGAAAGCAUAUAUUUAUUAGAAGAAUAUUAUGAUUUAAUUAAAAAAUAAAUAAAAUAAUCACUUUGAAAUACAUUUUAGAAAAACUAUUAAAAAAAAAAAAAAAGAAAUACU